AUGGAGAACGGAUCGCCGAGAUGGGGUUUUCGAGGGAACGACGAGUUGAACAUGGCCUCGGAGAUCACAAUCAGAGGUAUGCUCAACUUGUUGAUGAGAAAUCUCAACGAAGCAGACCACAGAACCACCAUUCCUCUCGGCCACGGCGACCCCUCGGUGUUUCCGUGCUUCCGAACCACUUCCGUAGCCGAAGACGCUAUCGCCGACGCCGUCCGGUCGGGGAAGUUCAACGGUUAUUCUUCUACUGUCGGUAUUCUUCCGGCGAGGAGGGCCAUAGCAGAGUACCUAUCUCAAGAUCUUCCAUACAAGCUAUCAGCAGAUGAUGUUUAUUUGACACUUGGAUGCACACAAGCAAUUGAAGUCAUAUUAUCAGUCCUUGCUCGCCCCAAAGCCAAUAUUCUAUUGCCAAGACCGGGCUUCCCAUAUUAUGAAGCGCGCUGUAGAUAUAGCCAUCUUGAAUUCCGUCACUUUGAUCUUCUUCCAGAGAAAGGUUGGGAGGUUGAUCUUGAUCAAGUUGAAGCACUUGCGGAUGAAAAUACUGUCGCGAUGGUUAUUGUGAACCCUGGCAAUCCUUGUGGAAAUGUCUUUACAUACCAACAUCUAAAGAAGGAUAGUGUUUUGCAUACCUAUAAGAAGAGCAUUCAAUUAGUUUUUCAAAUUUUGAAAGUCAAAAGGUGGCUUGUUAGAUUUAAAAUGACGUCUGAUGACACAAUGUUCAUUGCAGGGGUAGCUGUAGGACUCAAGAAUUGGCUUCGCAUAACUUUUGCCAUUGAGCCAUCGUCUCUUAAAGAAGGCCUCGAAAGGAUCAAAGCUUUCUAUCAAAGGCAUGCCAAGAAACAAUAA